AUGGCCGAAAAAACGAUGCAGCCGUAUUCAUUGCUCGUGCAUGGUACGAGUACUACUACCGAGCUGCUUCACGAGAUUGCCAGCAACAAUAAUAUCAAUGCGGAAUCCAUCGAAGAUAUCUAUCCCUGCACACCCUUGCAAAUCGGUCUUCUUUCUCUGACGUCUCGAAAUCCAACCGACUAUGUUCUACAUGAAAUCCUGGAAUUGAACACAACUACCUCGUUGGACAAAUUCUGCGCUGCAUGGGAGGAGGUCUAUCGGACCAAGCCACUCUUCACACCGAGUUUUGGUCUGAAGGAGACAGCCAGGAAUCAUCGAAUCCUGGAAACUGAUUCUGGACAGCCUCUGUCCCGCUAUGCAAUCAUCAAAGGACAGCCGGGCAAGAAGAGCUCUUUCAUUUGGACCAUCCAUCACUCCCUCUUUGAUGGGUGGUUCUUGUCUUUAGUAGUAACGCGGCGAGUGAGCGAGUUGUACCUCUGCCACCCUUGUGAACAAAUGAUAGAAUUCAAGACAUUUGUUGCGCACAUGCUUGAGAAAAACAACACAGAGGCAGAGCAGUACUGGGCUUCGGCACUCCAAGGUUUUGACUCUGGGCAUUUUCUCGCUCCUUCGUCGUCACGAACACGGGUCCAGCCCGAGAAUCUCAGAGUCGAGCAGCACUUUGGUCAGGCUCGACUGCAAGAUCAUCACCACAUUAGAAGAUCGGUCCUGGCGUAUGCUGCAUGGGCCAUUACGAUGAGUAUUGAGACAAAAUCUGGAGAUGUCGUUUUUGGAGGAAUAAACUCCGGGCGACAGGCAGACGUGUACGGGAUCAAGCAAAUCGCUGGCCCAACUAUCUCGACCGUGCCGAUCCGUGUCAAUGUCCGAUUACAUAAGAAGGUCUCUGACUUUCUUGAGGAAAUAGAGAGAGACGCGCAAGAUCGAGUAAGAUUUGAGUACCUUGGGCUUUCCAGGAUUGCCAAGAUAAACAGCUCCACAAACAGGGCCUGCGAAUUCCAGACAUUGGUUGUUAUCCAACCGACAGCAAAUGAUCUGUACAUGGAUCCAGCAGUAGGAAAUUGGAAGCCAGAGUCGAAGGACUUAAUGGCUACGGCUUAUAGGCUCGUGAUCCAGAUGUUUUUCGAAAAUAACGGCACAAGACUGGCAGCAGACUACAAUCCCAACGCCAUUGAUGGACGGACUGUCCACAGACUAUUGGCAGAAUUUACCCUGCUCAUGAAGCAGCUGGCAGAAGCAGAUGCGGGCAGAAGGACUAUGGGUGACCUGGAACUUUUAAGUGGCGAUGAACAGGAAAGGCUGUGGCUAUGGAACAUGAAUGCGCUGUCGACGAUCGAGCGAUGUGUCCACGACUUAAUCGAAGAGCAGGUCCAACUGCGACCCGACGCCCUGGCCAUCCAGGCAUGGGAUGGGCAGCUCACCUAUAGCGAGCUGGGUGGCCUUGCGACCAGCUUGCGUAUCAGCUGGUCGCCCAAGGGGUCGGUCCCGGGACAGUAG